CCAUGACAACGCUUUCGCUGGCCCUCCCAGCCAAAGUAUGCAUGCUGAUUCUUCAAAACAACAAUGCAGACCAAAAUAUUCUAGUCUAGUCUUCAUCCACAUCCCUCGCCCUCGGUAUUGACAGCCGGACCAGCUAAAGAAAUACAAAAUAAUUAAAAAAUGCAAAAAAAAUAAUCGAUUUGUUCUCCAACAACCACCGUUCUCCGGUCUCGGGGACCUUUUCUCUCCAAAAUCUCAGAAUUUUGGUGCAUCACCAGCUGGUCCGGCUGUCAAUACCUAAUACCUAGCAAUGAAGAGGCCGAGCGAUGUGAACGACGGCGAGAAUAUUUCAGCCUGCAUUGUUGUUCUGAAGAAUCAGCAUGGAUACUUCAGCUGGGAAGGCCAGCGAAAGCGUUGUCAUGGAGCUACCUCCGUAGUGAUUUCCAACCUCAGUUCGUCGAUAGAGAUUCUCAAAGCCGUGGUUAGCUCAAGUGGCGAUGAGUCGCAGGCAGUGCGCGUUUCAAGUAAAGGUCUUACCCCAAUUAAGCAUGAACUACAGUGGAGAAGGUUCUGCAAAUGGAGCUCUCCUAUUUCUUUAUCCCUAAUCUCUAUUGUUUUGAAGGCACUCAGUCGACUGCUUGCUCUGGCAAUGAAUUCUUAGAUGCCUUAGUUUCCGACAAACCUGGAAAUAGUAUGCAUGAUGAUGGGGCAAAGAUGGGAUCAGAUCCAAAGCAGCGGAGAAGAAAGGGAAGAGAACGAAGCAAAGGCCCAAAGUGGUUGAAAUUGAGAUGACAGAAAGGAAACCUAAGAUGGGAAUUCCAAUGCCUCCUCAAACACCAAACAGAAAUCUCUUAUUUCUGCUGCUUUUACAAGGAUUCGCUCAGCUGAUUGCUCUGGCGGUGAAUUUUUAGAGGCUUUAGUUUUGGAUAAAUCUGGAAAUAGCGUGCAUGUUGAUCGUGGAAAGCUCGGAGCAGAUUCAGAUGAGUGGAAGAUUAAAAAGAAGUGAAAGAAGUACAGGCCCAAGGUGGUCGAAAUUGACAAAACGGAAAGUAAGUCUAAGAUGGAGACUCCAAAGGCUCCUCAAACACUCAGUCAGAAAUCUCCGGGGAAGAAAAAGGGCAAAGUGAUUGGAGGGAAGACUUUUGCAAAGAAAAGGUUGUUUGAAAUUUAUUUAGAAGAUGAUGAUGAAUGGGAAGAACCUAGUGAUCAACCCAAGCCUACUUCUGCUGAUGAGGCAAUUCAUCCUUCUAACAUAAUCCAAUUCGAUGAAGAUGAUUAUGCUGCUGAAAAAAAAAUGUGGAACCUUGUGGAUGGAGUGAUUACAGAGAAUUUGCCAGCAGGAUCUAGCGGCAGGAGGUUCUCUCCUUGGAAAGGUUCAAUUGUGGACUCUGUGGUUGGCGUUUUUCUUACCCAAAAUGUAUCAGAUCAUUUGUCAAGUUCUGCCUUUAUGUCCCUUGCUGCAAAAUUUCCUCUUCACAGAAGAGGGGAGGGAGGAAGUUCUGAGAGAAAACUGGAUGAAGAACAUGAAGAGACCUUUACUGAUGCCAUGGGAUUUCUAGACAACAUUCCUGGUCUAUCUAAUUGUGAUGCUCAAGAUCCUAUGGACAUUCAGUUAAAUGGGCAUCCGCUGGAGGACUUGACAAGUCAAUCUCACUACAUUCAAAAUUCUUUUGUUUCCAGUAGAAUGGAUAGUGAAAAUGCUAUAGUGUUUGAUGUGGAUGGAUGCAUUCCUAUACAUGUAGCAAUCAUUUCAAAAGCUUUUCGUGAGAAUGCAGAAAAUGAAUGUAGAGAUCGUCUUCGUGCUCUUUCUGGAUUGGUAACAUGCUCUAACAUGAACAAUUAUCAUGUCUAUAAAAUGGAUGCUGAAAAGGAAGCUAUCAUCAGUCCUUCAAGCGAGUUAGAAGCUCAUUUCAGGUUAGAGGAAAACACAUCAAAUGAAAAGAAAGCAAAUUCUGUUGAUGAAGGAAAAAUUGACUGGGAGGGGUUGAGGAGAAAAGUUGAUCUUGAAGGUGGUAAGAAAGAGAGGAGCCGUGAGAGUUUGGACUCAGUAGAUUGGGAAGCAGUGCGAAAUGCAGAUGCAAAUAAAAUUUCUGAAGCUAUUCGAGAGCGAGGGAUGAAUAAUUUACUGGCAAAUAGAAUCAAGGAUUUCCUCAAUCGUUUGUUUAGAGACCAUGGAAGCAUUGACCUUGAAUUGUUAAGAAACGUAUGCCCUGAUGAAGCCAAGUUGAUACCAAUGUUGCCCGCAUAAGUGUAAGAUUAGGAUGGUUGCCACUCAAGCCGUUACCAGAGUUCCUUCAACUACAUCUCUUAGAACAGUAUAAUGGAUAGCGUGCAGAAAUAUAUUUGGCCACGUUUAUGCAAGCUUGAUCAUCAGGAGUUGCAAAUUUCAGAAACCUACUGCAAAAAAAAAAAAAAACUCAUUUCCAAAAAAUGCUUCUAUUGUAGUACAUUGAUUCAGAAAAUGAUUUUUAAUUCUUUUUGAGAAACUUUGUUUUCUUUUUAAUUGGUUCUUGACUAUUAGUUUCUUAUAUAAAGUUAAUUAUGUAUAUU